AAUCUGUUGGCAGUGCGGAUGGCGUAGCAGACGGGUGUAGGCACGUUGAAAAUUCUGUUAAAAAAUACCUUGUUUUUCUUUUUCUUACUUCAUGCAACUGUCAGCUUUGUUAUAUCUACACAAGUAUAUACAUGAAUAAAUAGAUACAUUAUUAUUAUUGUGAAAGCUCACGGUGGUUCGUCGUGAAAAUAGUGACUCGCUUAUACUACGAUCACGCAUUCGUAAUCUAGAGUUGAAUUUCUAUUCUCUCUUUUUUAUUACUCGUUUUCUAUCUUCUUAUUCUAUCUUUUUUUAUCUCGUGUAUCACAUCUUUUAUUUUUAUUCUUAAUUCUUUUUUUUUUUUUUUUAUCUUUCAAACCCGUGUACGCUUGUAUCGUGUGCACCAACGAAUAAGAAGAAUAAAAAGAAGAGAAAGAAAAUAAAAAGAAUAAGAAGAAUAAGAAGAAUAAGAAGAAGAAGAGGAGGAGAAAAAAUCAAAUGACGAGGAAGACACGACACUGACGUUUUGUUUUUGAUCGUGUUGCGUCGCGUGUGUGCCACCAGUUGCGUGUUGCGUUCAACAGGCAAGAAUCUUUGGAACUACAAAAUUGUCUACAAAUUACUUUUCUUAUUGGAUCAUACCGAAUUGUUUUAGAAAAACAUUCCGUAUUAUACGGGGGUGAGAAGGAGAGAAGGAAGGAAGGAAGGAAGGAGUGGUGAAAGAUAUUUUAGAAAUGGCGGAAGGCACGUGUCCAUUUUAUUGAAGAGAAUUACGAUAAGCAGCAAGAAUGGUGUUGAUUUUAAACGGGGUCCUUCAGGAAGAUGUCCCAACGGACAGUAGAUCGUUAUACGUGUCACACCCCGUAUAUCGUGAGACCGCAACGCAACUUCACUCAAUACCCGCAAAAUUGGUGGGCCCGGUCGGCCUUUUGUACGUCCAGCAACGAGAAAUGGCAGCCACUGUACCAAUGGAUAAGAACGUGAGCAUCCUCGGCUCGGACGACAUGACUACGUGCAUAAUCGUCGUCGUGAAGCAUUCCGGAUCGGGUGCGUCAGCCUUGGCACACCUGGAUGGCGCAGGUACGGAAGAUGCCGCAGCUGCCAUGAUUCAAAGGGUGACAGAAUUAUCUAUUGGCUUUCCGGAAGGUCGUUUAGAAUUACAGUUGGUCGGUGGUUAUUCCGACCCAAAGAAUUACUCCGAGGAAUUGUUUUAUAAUAUUUUAUCUGCCUUUCACAAACAACCCGUCGAAAUCGACUUAACGUUGUGCUGUGUCGGUGAACUGAACACCACCGUAAGAGCUGGCAUCCAUUGGCCUGUGAUCUAUGGUAUCGGAUUGAACUUGAAGACCGGCGAGAUCUUCCCUGCAACCUUCCCUGACAAGGGCCCCGAUCAGCCGCUCAGGUGUGCCAGACAGUUAACCGGAGGUCAACAGGUUCUCGACGUCUACGACUACAACCUGGGAUUACUUAGAAUCGGUCCCUUUAAUUACGAUCCCUUGAGAGGUGUCGACCUUUGGCUAUCUCAAACCGAUCAAUUCAUCCUUCAACAUCUAUCGACGUCACCGGAAGUUGAACUUCCUCAUUUCGCGUCGCAGAUACGAGCAACGCUUAAAUAUAUCCAGGACAAUCAAUUUCCGGCUGUUACCGUCUUCCGGGAUAAUAGGCCUCAUUAUUAUCGUCGGGAUGAAACAACUGGUAUCUGGCAACCAAUACGAUACUAAUUAUUGCACUUAUAUAUGAAAAUAUAUACGUGCGCGCAAAACUUCACAUUGUCUUUUCUUAUAGGAGCAUACAAAAAUUAAUUAAUUGAUUAAUUAAUGCUCGCGAAUAUCCAUCAGUUUUUAUUUUAUUUCAUUUUAUUUUAUUUCAUUCGUUUUUUCAACCUCUAUCAUGAAGAAGAAGAAGAAGAAGGAGAAAAUAUUAUUUUCAAUGAAUAAUUGCGAGUCACUAAAAUAACGAAUAUGAUAACACAACAACAACGCAAAAAAUAGCGAAAUUAGAAAAAAGAAUAAUUAAUAAUAAUAAUAAACCGUUUGUCGAAAGUGCGAAAGAGAAGAGA